AUGAGGGCCUUGCUCCUGCUUUUCGGCGCGGCGGUCGCCACCGCCGAGCACUGUGCGGACGAGACCUGCGAGGAGCUUAUUGAUGAUCCCGAGCUCCACCUCUUGCAGCGCAAGGCCCAGGCAGUGCGCGACACGGGACAUGCGGCGAGCACAGAAGCAGGUCUGCACUCCUUCACCAAACUGGAUCCCUGCGAAGGCCCGGUGCAGGUCCUGAGUGACGUGGAUGACACCUUCAUGAGCAGCGGAGGAACUUGGCCCGCCGGCUGCGAUGGGGUCUUCGAGAAGCAUGUGGUCUACCCAGGCUAUACCCAGUUCAUCACAGAGCUCGCACGAGGCCCGGAGGAGUCGCUCUUCGUCCUCCGGCCCGCGCUCUUCUCCGCUCGCCCGGAGAGCUUCGACUUCCUCCACGUGGACUCCUCUUCUGCCCUGGCCAACGCUCUGGAGUCCACGCGUCGCCCGGACGACCCGGCCAUCUGGGACCAGUACAACGCGGAGAUCCCGGUGGUUGUCCCGGAGAACUUGGUGGCCUUCAACUACCAGAACGGGGGCUUCGAGGAGGUGCUCGCCAAAGGCUUCGGCGGGAAGUUUGGGCUCAACACCAAAGGACCGGCAGAGUUGAAACUGAGUGGCGAUGUUGAGAAGCAGUUGUCGAGCUGUGCAUCUUAG